AUGGUGCUCUCGUCGCUCGAAAUCCAUCAGUCCGGAGUCCGUUCUUCCUCUUCCGUCGCCGAUAUGAUCCUAUUCUCGCUCAUCAACCGAACUGCCGCCAAUCUCGACAUGUCUUCGGAUCUCAUCGACACGCUCUACAUUAUCGAGACGGUCUUACUCUUGUGGAGGUUCGUUUUCACACGUUUUUGUUUAGAAAUUGCGUCUUCCGACAAUCUAGGCGUUGUGAAGUCACAUUCUUCACGCGCAUGGCCUCAAAUUCAAACUAUACAAAAAAGUAUGUUUCGGACAACAGUUUUUCGCGAAUAGCGGCUUAUUUUUGGAUCAAUUAGACAUUCUGAAAUCAUAUAUUCAGUGUUUUCGUAUUUAAACUUGUUUUGAAGCAUCCGUAUGACACGCUUUCCCUGGGACCGAAAAACUACAAAACAUGUUGAUUAGGCGCAGCUGUGAGUUCGAAUUGUGGACAGCAAUGAACGUUUCUCCCCUUUUCAUCUAGUUUACACAAUCCAAACCGGUUUUUAUUGGGUUUUCACUUCUUUUUAAUGUUUCUAGUUAUCACCAUGACCCACUAGAUUUUCAUAAAAACCAGACUCUAACGUUCAACACUCAGCUGCGAAUAGAGAUGUUCAAAAAGUUGUCAACUAACAAAUUGCUCAUCACUUUUUACUUUUCACUCUGACUUCAACAAAAAUGUUUGUUUGCAGUUACCUCGAAUGCGGCGUCUUCUUCUACGUCCUGUGCACCAAUCCGCAGUACCAUCCGAAUCUGACGUGGCUGCUCAAAAACCUGGUCGCCCAGUACUUUCUCUCCAUGUUCUGCCGUCUAGUUCAGAUCUUUUAUCAGUUCGGAAUCGACGAUGAAAGUGAGAAUCCGUCCGUGUUUGAGCCAUCGACAUUCGCUUUGUUUUCAGCGGAUCUCAGAUCGAACUGGCUCUUCAUUCUGGUCACUUUCAGCCGCAAUUGUCUGAUAUUCACAGCCCUCUACUUUUCUCCGUUUGUGAUGAUGGAGAGAAUGUACGCUUCUGUUCAUAUCGGAGGUACUUCUACCGUAAUCCAUCCAAAUAUUAUGAGUGUGUCACAGACUACGAGCACAAACCUCGUCAUUACAUCGGAUAUUGUCUCUCCGCAUUAUUGUACCUCUGGUCGCUGAUGAUAGGAUUGACGUACGCGUUUGGUAAGACCCUCCGCGCCUAAAGUACAAUGUUGACGAAUCGAAUUCAGAAGUGAUACCCACCUACAUCCACGUGUCAUGUCUCGUUUUCAUAAACAUGUUGGCGUUUGUGGUGUGUCUACUCAACGAGAACUACAAUUCGAAAAAGUUUAUGCAAAAAGAUUUUGCGACUCGAAAAACGGUCACUUAUUCGCUGACCGAACGCUAUCAGAUUGUGGAGAAUCUGAAGACCGCCUAUGUAAAUGCUUGACACACGCCGGGCAACUUGAUAAUAUUGAUAUUGUUAAGCUGUUCAAACGCGGCAUCAUUUCGAUCAUUCUCUUCUCGGUCAUCUGCGGAGUGUUUCUGGUGCGAAUGAGCAGCGACGAGCACGAUUCUUCGAUGAAUUGGAUUCUGAUUGGAUUCAAUUACGCGGCCAUUUUGUUAGUUUACGGGCUGCUCAAAGUUUUGUGGGUCAUAAAAUAACAAAUUUUGAGGUAUGGAAUCGGAUUUCCGGCCGCCAUGUUCUAUUAUGAUGAACAGUUCCAGAAACAACUCAUCAAGUACAUUAGAAUGGUAAACUAUGUAGUGUAAAUACUGUUCAUUCAAAACGUUGUAUCUCAGUUGCCGGUGGAAAUAUCAAAAGGUUGUCAACUGAUGAAAUGUGCACAGGUUUAUGAUGAACAAUUUAUCAGUUGACCACAUUUUGACGUCUCUACCAGCAACUGAGAUAUGAACAGUAUUAGAGUACUGACAUUCAGAUGUUCUGUGGAUCACGAACGACGCCGAUUUAUGAGGAUGAGGAGGGCACUCGGAAGCCGAAAACGAGCAGGAGCAUGGAGGCGAUCAAGGAAACCGACAUAUACUUUAACAAUCUCAAAGGGGACUGGGAGAAAAUGGCGCCGAAAGGGAAACGGAGGAGCGAGUGCUGA